UCCUUCUCCAGCCUCAGAGGUGAACUGAAUAUUUUCUCAUCAAAGCGAGUAGUAUUUUAUUAUUGAUGGUACUGACGGGAUGAUGCGCGUACUGAUUCUGAUGUUAUCCUGUUUUGUCUCUGGCGGGACCGAUCGAGUGAGCACAACAUGCACCCCUGAGGCUUGCCUAACGUUGCAUUUGAAGGAAAAACUUUUUGAAAAAGCUUCAGAAGACUGUAUCAAUAAUGGCGGCAAUUUGGUUACUAUGAGAAAUGAAAAUGAACUUCAGAGCAUCAAAUCGGUUCUUUUAGCAGCAGGAGAAUACAACCUCCUUAACUCUAAACUUUGGAUCGGGCUUGCGCUACAGAAAAGAAUCUGCACCGAUUUCACUGAGAAGUUAAACGGCUUCAGAUGGACGUCAGCGCCAACCGAUUCCAAAUAUUCCAACUGGAAAAAGAAACCUUUCAGCACGUGCACGGAGAAAAGGUGUGUGUCGAUUUCACUGGUAGAUGAUCUCAAGUGGUCCGAUGGCUCAUGUAGAGACAGCGCAUUUUAUAUGUGCAAAUUUCUCUUCAAAGGAAUGUGCAAACCAAUUCUGUUGGAAGAACCAGGUGGUGUCAAAUAUAACGUUCCGUUCUUAUUUAAACCACUAACUCCAAAUGAAAGGUUGGCGAUGUUACCACAUGGGACAUUGGCUGAAAUACAAUGCGGCGGCUCGGAAGAUGCAAACACGUUUGUCUCAAUUUGUGGCAACAAUAACGCUCUUUUUGGCUGGACAACUGAGCGUUUUUGCACACGAAAUGAAAGUUGCAAACGCAAAAACGGAGGCUGUGAUCACCAUUGUUUUGAGACCGCAGGAGCAGGUGUUCGUUGUGAAUGUCGUGAAGGCUAUUACCUCAAGGAUGAUAAAGUGAGUUGUGCUCUCAGAAAUAACUGCGAAAAUUCACCUUGCGAAUCAGAGUGUACACCAACUGCCACUGGGUUUUCAUGCGCAUGCGCGGAGGGAUUUCAUUUGGCUGAAGACAACGUCAGUUGCGUUGAUAUCGAUGAAUGUCAGCAACGUACCUGCGGUGAACACCGGUGUCAAAACGCGCCGGGAAGCUAUUUUUGUGAGUGUAAACCCGGUUUCAGGCUUGUUGCUGGCAAAUGUGAAGACGUGGACGAAUGCACCGAAUUCAGUUCGCUUGUUCAGUUCAGUUGUCAACAGGGCUGUCUCAAUUCACAGGGUUCAUUCUCUUGUUACUGCCACGCAGGUUACAGUUCACCAUCAAACGAUAGCAGGAAAUGUAUAGAUAUCGAUGAAUGUGUCAGUAGACCGUGUGAAGACAUCUGCCUCAAUACCUUGGGUAGUUUCAAAUGCUCUUGUAGGGAAAACUUCAUUUUGGCUAAAAAUGGCAUCAGCUGCGUCCCGGAUCCCACGGAGAAAAUACAAAUCACUCAAUCUCCAGAUCGUAGAGGA